AUGGACCAGUCACGAUCCAGACGACAGCUGUGGAUCGAUGCAGAUCCUUCCGGCCUUGUGUGGACAGGCCUCGACUGCGAUGAUGAUCUCGCCAUCUUGGCAGCGCAGGGCCUUGAGGCCACCGGGGAGGCGACCGUGGCAGGCCUGUCCAUCUGUGCAGGCAAUGCGCCGCUGCUGCACACCUGGGAAAACGCGAAGACGCUGCAGUCCGUGGCACAGUUCCACUGGAAUCUUUCGAAAGGUGCAGGUUGGAACACCAUGCAGCCGGCAUGGACCUCCUUACGUCUGUUGGCACGCUGCAUCGACGAGGAGGAGUCCAGCGAUGCUGCCGAGGCCAUCAUCCGCGCCGCUGCGGCCUUGCCAGCUCGCAGCCUCACGGUCUUGUGCCUCGGCCCUCCAAGUAACCUGGCGCGUGCCCUGCGUCGUGCCCCCUGGCUCGCGGAACGCCUCGAGAUGGCGGUGCUCAUGGGCGGCGAGCUCACACAAAGCAGACUGGAUCUGAACUUCAUGACAGACCGGGAAGCUGCUCGUGUCAUCCUGGCUUCGAGCUUGCCGACGAUGCUGGUCCCCAUCCAGACUUGCGCACAGGUGGCCGUGACCCCGGCAUGGUUGCGGCGUCUUGAGGAGUGUCCGCCACGGGCUGUGGCUCAUCGGAUCUUGCCCAAGAUGUGGCUGCAGACCUGGGUCAUGCCCAAGUUGGUUAAUCGCCGGGUGAAGGCUCAGACGCUGCCGGGACGGCCCACAAGCUCUGGGCUGCAAAGCGGCUUCAUCCCCUGGGAUCUCGUGGCCCUGCUGGCCGCAAGUCGCCCGCACCUCUUCAGCUGGGAAUCCUGGGCCGUGGAGCUGCCUUCCUGCGAGCGCAGGGAGCCCUGCGAUGGCACCAUGCGAUCCACCUUGCUGCUCCAUCUCGAUACCGAGAGCAACGCGUCCGACGAUCCCUUUGCCACCUUCGCCCGGACAUCGCCAGCCAACGCUGCUCUCAUCCCGUGGCUUCGAGUCGAGGAAGGCGCGGUUCUGGAGCAGAUGCUGGAGCUGCUCUGCAGUGUUCACGGAUCUGGGCCCGAGACAAGGCUGCAGCUGGGCUUCAUUCCUCAGCUCAGCCUGGCGGCGCUCAUGAUUCUCGCGGCAAUUGUGCUCACGGCACGUGUCUGCGUUUCUCUCUGUACAAGGCUGGUCUCUCGAAUGAGUCCUCCGAGCAGUCACGGCGCAUCAAAGCAGGACAAGAAGGAUUGA